UCGCUGGACGACUAUCCCUGAUACAUGUAUACGUGACGAAUAUAUCAGAAUUAUCUUUCAUCAUGUACUUCUUGAUCUCAGUGAAUGUAUACUCUCAGAAUCCCCCACUUGACCUUUAACCUGUGUAGAUAUUUUCCGCCGAGUUGUUUUGGUAUGCCCGAUCGUGAAGGCAGAUACAGCGUGUGCACACAGGGAACUCCUGACGAUCAGAGAUGGAGAAGUUCUGCUUGUUACUGAUUGUGGUUUUUACCCUGAUCCUCGGGGUCGAGUCCUCCGCCCAGUGGAGGGUGACCGACUUCCCCCACCCCGUGUAUCAGUCCAAGCAGUGCGGUAGAAAGGAGGCCUCAUGGAUCUGUGACCCCAACGGCAUCGUCUCCACGGAAGACGCUGAUGCUAUACAAGAAAUGGUGACUGACACUUACGAAGCUACGCGGUGCCCAUGUCCGGAAUGCGCAACAAACAAUCAGGGCUACGUCAUAAUGGUAGCCAUUAUGCCCAGGAUGUACAGAAUUGUAAACCGGUCUGCCCUGGUCCAGGACGUGUUAUACGAUGCACGUGUGUAUUCCUACUACCUCAGCACGCUCUGGAAUGUGACCACCUGUGACACCAACACACUGGUACUAUAUUCUCGGGAUGAUGACAUUACUUACAUUAUGACGUGGAGAAAUGCACGUGCGUUGUUAGACGACAACGAGGUGCGUAGGAUUACCCUCAGCAAUCGAUUCUAUUUCGACGACCCUACAAAGCAGAGGGAUAUUGGGAAAGGUCUGAGAAAUGUCGUACGACAAAUAAGUGAGGUGUUCAGGGCUAAGGCUCCCCGAGGCGGCAAUUAGUGAUCAGGCAAUCGAUGUUGGAAAGAGUAUUUUACUCCUGAAACACGACUUUUUAUAAUGCUGAUAUUGUCGAAACUGUAGAUAUACACCGGUGUUGUAGAAUAGAAUCCCCGCACCUGAAAUCCUACUCUAAAUAAGAUUUUAAACUACAUGAAAGUCAGAAAGGAUGUCAACGUCUUUCUAUCCAAGUAGGAUUUCCGGGAGAAGGAAUUCUGGGUAGUUGAACAUUUGCACUCUCAAGAGAAGGACACUUUCUAUUCAAACUUGAGAUGUGAACUCAAGAAAUAAAAAAUAAAAAUUACAUAUAUGCCUGGAAGGAGACACUGAAAUUGACUCCCUCUAUAUAUCACAUUUAUUGUAUCUACAGAUUGUGAGAGUGGGCUUUGCCGCCAUUACAUGUACAAAUUUUGAGUUAGUAAAGGAGAGUACUCUAUCUGAUUCUUGAAAUGCUUUUACACACAUACAUGUAACUUCUAUUGUGAAAACUGUCCUUUACUGCUAUUGUCAUCUACAAACUUUUCGAAAUUAGGAAAGGGCAGAUUAUAAAUGUGAAAAUUUAAUCACGAAAAACUGCAUUUCUAACUAAUUGCAAUUUUAAUUUUUAAAAGAUACGAAAAUUUCAUGGUUAUAAACUGCCUUUUACUAACUUUGUCAUGUAUGAAAUUUGAACUUUGAAUAAGUAAAUGACAAUACAUGUAUUUGUAAAUAUUCUUUUGUAUUUUCGUCAAUAUUUUCAUAUUUUUGUAUCGAUCAUUUAUAACUUUUCCAUUUCCAUUUUUGAACUUUAUUAUGAAAGAGGUUUGUUUUUUUAUUAUUUACCUAACAAAUAACAAUAAAAAUGCACGGAAAAGACA